GAACAGAGCUGCUGCCCCAGAGAGAGGCGCCUGAGGGAAGGACUGGCGUUGUUCUUCUUCUCCUCUCUCUCCUCCUCAGGCUUUCUUCAGAUAGCUAGGCCUGGAAGCCAUUGCUCAGGGACAGCGGUCGCCAUGGCGACGGGACGGGGCUGGAUCCUGAAGCAGCACAGCCUGGGGGCCUCGCAACGUUUGGAGAGUUCUUCAUCAAAAGAAUCUGCUGCUAUGGCUGCACAACUUGCUAGAAUAAAAAAGAUUCGAGGACAAUGCAACAAGCCUGCUACCGUGUCAAGCUCUGCGGUCAAUUUUGACAGAAUGCCUUCAGAGGUAGUGAUGAAGAUAUUCUCCUAUCUGGAUACAGAGUCCUUGCUGUGCGUUGGCUGUGUGAAUAAACGUUUUUAUCAACUUUCCAGUGACAAUACCAUCUGGUUCAAAAUCUAUUCUAAGUCAUUUCAACCAAAAAGGAAAAAAUGGCAGACCAAAUCAGUCCAGGAGCCAGUUGUGGACCCAGUUGCCUCUGAGAGGCUUCCAGAGUUCCUGAAUAGGGAGGAAGGGUACUGGAAAAAAGAAUAUAUUGAGAAAAAAAUAUCUGCUGACAGAGCAGAUAUAAUUCAGCUUCUGAAGCCAAUAAAUACCUAUACUGGCCUUCCACUUAAAACAAAAGAAGCUAUCAGGAACUCUGGUUUGAGAUGGGUGAUCGUACUUAAGGACACAAAUGGGAAGGAAUAUGUAAUGGAUCAGGAAGACAUUUCUUUUAAUGAGAUAUCUGUUACUUUAUCUUGGUAUAAGAUAGGCUGGCCUUGUUUAGAAACGUUGUCAACUUUGCAAUUAUGUGGAAUGACCCCAGUGUUUCUGGGUAAUGCUAAAGUUCAUCUUAAGAUGGGACCUUGGCGACGUUCCUUAAUUUGUGAAUAUGAACUGGAUAAUCUGACUGAAAAGGCAGAGAUGAUUGGUUGUGAUGGACUUGUUGAUCUUUACCGUUUUGACCAAGGACUUCUGGUGGGACUGUGGAAAGAAAGUGGAAUUGCUUUUGUUAUGGCGAGCCUUCAUUACAAUCAGCUCAUCGAAAGAAGCAUUCUUGGCAGUGCUUCAAUGAGGUAUGUCGAAGCCCCAGAUAUGGCUAUCUUGGAUGAUAUUGAUCCAGAAUAUGGCAUGCAUGGCUAUCAGCUGCAUAUUGAACUGCAGAGCAGAGGAAAAACCUAUAUGUGCAACACUUUUCGUAGUUUGUUUUGUAAAAAAGGUUUUAUUAAAAAUGGAUACUUGAGGAUUACAGUUAUAAGCUACAAAAAUCAUGCCCAACAUCUUCCUCUUGUUGGAGAUGUUGGGUUGUCUUGGAGGACAGAUGCAUUUGAAGGCAACAUUCAGAAUUGUUUCAUCAUGGAUGCAACCAUUCUGGAUGAUUCACAAAAACCAUUUUGGUGUGUUAGUGCUCCAGUCAACAUGAUCCUCUCUGCCAAACGAUCCAUUUUAUAUGAGUAUUUGGGACCCAAGUACUAUGUGAAUCAUGUAGAUUGCACUGGAAAAAUACACAUGGCGCUGGUAUGGAUGAGCGAAACAAACGAAUACCAUAUAGUCAAUCUUGUCCUUUAUUUGCGUACCCAAAAAGUUAAUAGCUGGUUUGGUACAAAUUACUGAUUUUUUUCAUCUGUUUUACCUUUCUUUAAAAUGAUUCUUCUUUAUGUUUAACUGUUUCUAAAAAUAUGUUGUGUAAUUUCCAUUUCACAGAAGUUCUCCUGUGAACUGAAAAGAAAAGAUUUUUAUGUUGGCAGCAGCUUUUAAUUUGGGUGUAAUAAAAAGGUAAAAUAAAUAAUUUUGAAUGUC